CAGAUAAACUGUAAACCACCAUGUAAACAAAUCAAGAGAAAAACCAUAACAAAUGUUAAUGAAAGCUAUUUAUCUCCAAUUUAAAAUGUAUUUCUAAACCAUUCUUUGAUGACAAAUCGAACAUAUUCUUAUGGACAUUUUAGCACACUGUAUGACUGUCUUCAACUCUGACUUUCAAUCAACUGUAGUUAUCGCUGAAUACAUCAGCGCACUGUAUUUUCUCAAAACUUUGAACCUUAAUGUUCAUUGUUAAUACAAUAUAAUUUGCUAUGAAGAGAGUGUUUACUAUUCCCCGGAAGCUGUCCAAUAGUGGCCCUGUCCUAUUUCUAUGGCAGUCAGGCUCAGGCAAUUUCCUGGUUACAACUGGGUAUGACCAAAUAGUGAACAUUUUUGAUCGCCAUGGGGAGAAACAGCAUGAGCUAUCACUACCUGGUGUCUGCUCUGGAAUUUCAUGGGACAAAGACGGCCAAAUUUUAAGCAUAAUUUGUGAGCAUUCAAAUUCACUUAUUUUGUGGGAUUCUAAUACGAGAACCGUUUCUCAUGUUGAUUCUGGUCUCCGUGAUCCAAUGACUUUAAUUGUUUGGUCAAAAAGUGCACCAUUGCUUGCAGUUGGCACUAUUAAAGGAAAUCUUCUGAUUUAUAGCUACCGUACUUCUAAAAAAAUCUCCAUUUUGGGCAAGCACAACAAGCAAAUUACUUAUGGUGCAUGGAGUCAACAAAAUUAUCUAGCUUUGGUUGCAAGCGAUAAAUCUUUUACCCUUAGUAAUGCUGAUGGAGAUACAAUAUUCAGAACUACUUUAAAAGGGGAGCCUUCACAUGUUCAGUUUUCAUCAAUGAAGCAAGAUGCUCCUGGAGGUGGAGAAACUACUGUUAGUUUGAUCUUGAAUCGGAAGUCUCUGUUCCUCUUGAACAUUCAUGAUCCUGAAGAUCCGAUUGUGCUGUCAUUUCAAGAGAAAUAUGGUAGUGUCAUUGACUAUUACUGGCAUGGCGAAGGCUACAUUUUGUUGGGUUUUUCUUCAGGAUUUUUCAUUGUGCUUUCAACUCUUCUAAAAGAAAUUGGCCAAGAAAUGUGCCAUGUACAGUGCUUUAAAAACCAUCUUAUGCACAUGUCAUUUUGUUAUGCAGAAAAAAAAGUUGUUGGUUGUGGAGAUGAUAACAGAAUAAAAACAUAUGAUUUAAGAAAUUUGCAAGAAAUGCUGCAGAUGAUUUCUGUUGAGGAUGAGCAAACGAUUGAUGGCUUGCAGUGGAGCGAUGAUGGCCAGUUACUGGCAGUGUCAGGAAAUGAAGGAAAUCUUCAUGUCUAUUUGACUAAACUGCCCGUUUUAGGUUGUGGUUACAAUCAAAAGUUAGCCCAUCUAAGUUCAUUGUAUGAAGUAUCUAUAUAUUCUGCGAGGAAAAAGAAUGAAGUGACAAAGCUAAAAAUUGAUAUAGAGCCAAAAUUUAUAGCCUUGGGUCCUUUUCAUUUAGCUGUUGGCAUGAAUAACAGAGCUUGGUUCUACACUUUGAAUGAUAGUGGAACUGAACUUCUGUAUGACAGGGAAUAUCUAAGUACAGUUCGCAGUUUAUUUUUAAAUAGUGAUUAUGCUUCAGCAUUAAUUGAUGGAAAAAUUCAACUUCACAUGAUAGAUGAACCAAAUGUUUCAUGCAUGGAGAGGGAAUCAAGAAUUUUUCCAGAUCCAGACCAAAGAAAUACUGUUAUUACCUGCCAUGCAUUGACUAAUGAUUUUCUUGCAUUUGGAACAGAUACUGGUUUAAUCCAUCUCUUUUCACUCAUGGAAUGGGAGUUUUGUGUGUCAGUACAGCAUCCUCAAAACACAGGCGUUAAAGAACUCUAUCCUGACUUUUCAGGAACUCGUUACCUUAUAACAGAUUCAAAGAAUUCUGCCUACAUUUACAAUCCUAUGGAGAGUAAUUUAUUGAAUGUACCUAAAUUUUCUUCAAAUGUUUCUAAAAUUCUGUGGAACCAGUGUACAAUUUAUAAGGGCAUUUUUAUUGCCUUUGACGAAGAGAGAGCUAACACUUAUCUUUACAUCUGUGAUAGUUUAGAUGGGAGUAAAGUUGAGCAUUUAAAUUCUUUUGCAAGAAAUGAUUUGAUGCCAGCUCUGUUUGUAGAAGAUGAAUUGAUAUCUUUGACUCCAACUGGUAAAACAUCUGCUAUGCCGGUACCUGGACAUCAUUUGGAUGCAUAUCAUUAUGGGCAUGAUCCAAUCCAAGUUGAAAGCAUUUUUCAAUCAGCACUGAAGUUAAAAAGGUUUGAUCAAGCUUAUACUUUAGCUUCAAUGCUGAAGUCCGACAAACAUUGGAAUGAAUUAGCCAAUAUAGCCUUGUACAAUCUAGAAGUUGAAAAAGCUGCUAGGAUAUUUCAAAAACUUGGGAAUAGCAGUAAAGUUUUCGUAUUAGAUGAAAUAAAGGAAGUGGAAGACACAAAGCUUCUGUCUGGUCACAUUGCUGAGUUUUUCUUCAAAAAUUAUGAACUGGCCCAAAGCUUAUAUUUAAUGUCUUCCAAACCGUCUGCUGCUUUAGAAAUGAGAAAGAAUCUUUUCCAGUGGGAAUCUGCCUUAAAGUUGGCUGUUACUUUGAAUCCAGUGGAGGUGCCUUUAAUAUCUAAAGAAUAUGCUGAGCAAUUGGAAUUUACGGGUGAUAUUACAAAUGCUUUGCAUCAUUAUGAAAAAGGACUCCAGAUUAAUUCAGAUGAUGACUAUUUGGUCAGUCAUCAAACUUUAGUUUGCAAAGCUGGCAUUGCUCGAACGUCUAUUCGCUCUAGUGAUUAUAGAAGAGGUAUUGCAAUAGCAGAAGAAAUUGAUGAUCCAGUUUUAUAUCAAGAGUGUGCCAACAUCUUGGAAGAAAUGAAACUUACAUCUGAUGCUGCUUCACUGUAUGAAAAAGGAGGCUGUAUCGACAAUGCUGCUACUCUGUACAUAAAACAAAGGAAUUGGAAAAAAGUAAAGGAGCUUUUACCUUCUGUGUCCUCGCCUAAAAUCCACGCCCAAUACGCUAAAGCUCAAGAUGCAGAAGGAAAUUAUGCAGAAGCCGCCCGUGCUUUUGAAAAUGCAUUUGAAUAUGCUGAUGCUAUAAGAAUAUACUUAGAUAAUUUAAAAGAUCCUGAUUCUGCUGUGCGAAUUGUGAAAACUACAAACUCGGUUGAAGGUGCUAGAAUGGUUGCAAUGUUCUUUCAAAAGCAUAAUGAUAGUGGAUCAGCAAUCAAGUUCCUUGUGAUAUCAAACUGUUUGAAAGAAGCCUUGCAAGUUGCUCAGGAAACAAAUAACAUGGAUGUAUAUGCUGAAGCUAUUGGAGAAAAUAGAGACCCCACUGACUUCAUAAAUAUUGCUGUUCACUUUGAAGAAAAGAGGAAUUUCCUUAAAGCUGGAAAGUACUUUAUGCUGGCUCAGCGAUUUAAAAAGGCUGUGAAACUUUUGCUGGAAGUUUCAGGACAAGAUGAAGAUGAAGCUAUUAAUCUGGCUAUCCAAGUAGCUGGAAAAGCUAAAGAUGAGCAAAUAACCAAACAACUUGUUAGUCACAUCAUGGGAGAAACAGAUGGAACAGUAAAGGAUUUGCAGCAUAUUUAUCACCUAUAUUUAUCAUUGGGACAAAUAAAAGAAGCUGCCAGAACUGCUGUAAUUAUGGCUAAUGCUGAACAAAAUUCAGGUACCUAUAAAAAGGCUCGCCUCUUGCUAUUAAGCAUGUAUGCUAAACUUAAAGAAAAAAGCAUGAAAAUCCCAAUUGGAAUGUCCCAAAGUUUAAUGUUGCUCCAUAGUUACAGUCUUGCAAAACUGCAUAUGCAAAGGGGAGAUCACAUGAAUGGUGCUCGGAUGUUGAUUAGAGUAUCAAACAAUCUGAAUAAGUUUCCAAGACAUGAUGUUCAGAUAUUAACUACAACUGUAGUUGAAUGCCAAAAAGCUGGUCUUCAUAUAUCUGCCCACAAAGCUGCAGUGAUGUUAAUGCGACCUGAAUACCGAUCAAAACUUGAUCCAAAAUAUAAAAGAAAAAUUGAAAAUAUUGUAAGGAAAUACCAAAAAAUUGAAGAAGAUGAUCUUAAUACGCCAUGUCCUUAUUGUGAAGAUCCCAUCCCACAGUCUACAUUAUAUUGUGAGAAGUGUAAAUAUUACUUGCCAUAUUGUAUUGUUACAGGCUAUCAUAUUGUUCUGAAUGACCUCACCAUUUGCCCUAACUGUGAAUUUCCUGCAAUGUUCUCCGAGUUUUCGAGAUCACUCGUUGUUGAUAAAACGUGUCCAAUGUGCCUGUCUGAUGUCUCAGUGGAUGAUUUAAAGAAAGUGGAGUACAUACCACCCGAAAACUUUGAUGAAGAUGAUCAGAAAAUCAUGAGCAACAUGAAAACGCUCAGUUGAUAACUCAGCCAAGAAAUCAUGCUUUUUAUGUUUAAGUGCCUCUUUUCACUCAAUCUAAAAUAUAGUCUGUAUUUUAUUUAUAUCAUUAUUAUAUGGAUUCUAUUUCAUUAAAAUUUUUAUAUUCACCAUUUA